CAGUCUCUCCCCAGACUCCGCCAUGUUGGGGCUCUUGGGCCGCGCUGUUGCCGCCUCGGCCUCGGGGGCCCUGCGGGGCCUCGGUGCUUCGGCGCCGCUGCCCCAGGCCCAGACCUUGCUACGGGCGGCCCCGGCCGCGGUCCAGCCGGCCCGGGACUAUGCUGCUGCGGCCCCCAAGGGCGGAGCCGCCAGUGGGCGCAUCGUAGCCGUCAUCGGGGCGGUGGUAGACGUGCAGUUCGACGAAGGCCUCCCCCCCAUCCUCAAUGCCCUCGAAGUGCAGGGCAGGGACACCCGGCUCGUUCUGGAGGUCGCCCAACACCUGGGUGAGAGCACAGUCCGGACCAUUGCUAUGGAUGGUACUGAAGGAUUGGUGAGAGGGCAGAAGGUCCUGGAUUCUGGUGCCCCAAUCAAAAUUCCUGUGGGGCCUGAGACUCUAGGAAGAAUCAUGAAUGUGAUUGGAGAGCCUAUUGAUGAAAGGGGUCCAAUCAAAACCAAACAGUUUGCUGCUAUUCAUGCUGAGGCUCCUGAAUUCAUGGAGAUGAGCGUGGAGCAAGAAAUCCUGGUCACUGGCAUCAAAGUUGUGGAUCUUUUGGCUCCCUAUGCAAAGGGUGGCAAAAUUGGUCUAUUUGGUGGUGCUGGUGUAGGUAAGACUGUAUUGAUUAUGGAGCUGAUCAACAAUGUUGCCAAGGCUCAUGGUGGUUAUUCUGUGUUUGCUGGUGUUGGUGAACGGACUCGAGAAGGCAAUGACUUGUACCAUGAGAUGAUUGAGUCUGGUGUCAUCAAUCUGAAGGAUGCCACUUCCAAGGUUGCAUUGGUGUAUGGCCAGAUGAAUGAACCACCUGGUGCUCGAGCCCGGGUAGCCUUGACUGGCCUCACUGUGGCUGAAUACUUCAGAGACCAAGAAGGUCAAGAUGUACUGCUUUUCAUUGACAAUAUCUUCCGAUUCACUCAGGCUGGGUCAGAGGUGUCUGCUUUACUAGGCAGAAUCCCUUCUGCUGUGGGUUACCAGCCCACUUUGGCCACUGAUAUGGGUACCAUGCAGGAAAGAAUUACCACAACCAAAAAGGGCUCUAUCACCUCUGUGCAAGCCAUCUAUGUGCCUGCUGAUGACUUGACUGACCCUGCUCCUGCCACCACCUUUGCCCACUUGGAUGCUACCACGGUGCUGUCCCGGGCUAUUGCUGAGCUGGGCAUUUACCCUGCAGUGGAUCCUCUGGAUUCCACUUCCCGAAUCAUGGAUCCCAACAUUGUUGGUAACGAGCACUAUGAUGUUGCCCGAGGUGUGCAGAAGAUCCUCCAGGACUACAAGUCCCUCCAGGACAUCAUCGCCAUCCUCGGUAUGGAUGAGUUGUCUGAAGAAGACAAGUUGACAGUGUCACGUGCCCGGAAAAUCCAGCGUUUCUUGUCACAGCCCUUCCAGGUUGCUGAGGUAUUCACAGGACAUAUGGGGAAGCUGGUCCCUCUGAAAGAAACCAUUAAGGGAUUUCAACAGAUCUUGGCAGGCCAGUACGACCAUCUCCCAGAGCAGGCCUUCUAUAUGGUAGGACCCAUUGAAGAAGCCGUGACAAAAGCUGAAAAACUGGCUGAAGAGCACUCAUGAGGGGCGCCUGCACCCACCACCCCUUCGUCCUCGCCUCCCCCCUUCCUUUGAUUCCACUUGGCUCAGCUGAACUCCACAAGAACUUUAUUGGGAAAGCUGUGUUCUGUCAAGGAAUAUUUAAAUUUUGAAUAAAAUUUACCUGUCACGGCCA